AUGAACUCGGAUCUGUCUGAGCAUGAAAUGGAGAUGGACGAGGGCGACGACGACCUCUACGAGCCGGAGGAGCCCAAGCUGGAACAGCCCGACAAGAAGCACGCGGUCUCAAAGACCGAGGAGCUCGAGGAGGGUGAGGAGGAGGAUGAGAGUGGCGCUAUGGACGAAGACGAUGAUGAUUCCGACAUUGAUAUAAUCACGCAGAGAAAAGACGGUACUACAGCGGCGCCACCAACACAAUCCAAAUAUAGCGACAUCAGGAAUAUCCCCCAACGGUCGACGUCAGGCGAUUCACCCGCAAAGCAGCCGCCGACAAAGCGGGAAGACGAGCCAAAGUCGAAGAAAAAUGCAGCAAAAGUGGCAACGCCUAGCGCGGACCAGACAUCUGCAGCUGCGUCCAAGUCCACGAUUGACAUCAACGCAAAUCCAAUAUAUCCGGGUGCCGGAAAGCCUAUAACCCAAGUAAAUAUUGACGAAGAUCUGCCUGAAAACGAAAAACCCUGGAGAAAGCCAGGUACCGACGUCAGCGACUACUUCAACUAUGGUUUCGAUGAGUUCACGUGGGCCUUGUACGCAGCGAAGCAGGAGAGUCUUCGAGGGGAGUUCGGGGCCGAGGCAUUUGCAUCUAACAACAAAAAGAUGAUGGAAGACUUCAACAGCAUGAUGAUGAUGGGAGGCUUAGGAAUGCCGGGCGGCGGUGGUGCAGGAGGAGCAUCUAUGCCAGGUAUGGAUGGAAUCCCCCCCGAGAUGCAAGCCAUGAUGCAACAGAUGAUGGCAUCGGGCAUGGACCCAUCGCAGAUGGACCCUAGUCAAAUAACGGCCAUGUUCUCGGGAAUGCAAAAUGGUGGUGCAGGUCCUGGAGCCCAGGGAAACCAGGGACAAAACUUUGGCGGUGGCUUCGGCGGUAAUCAAGGAGGGUACGGCUACGAGCAAGGCAUGUCGACUGGAGGCGGUGGACGGGGCGGUUUCAGUGGCGGACGGGGUCGCAGAGGGCCGCCUCAAGGAGAUGAAAGUGUCCUCCUCUUUUUGGUCUUGGUCUCUGCCGCCAUCGUUCUCGUCAACCUGCCCUCUGCCCUGGCCGGCUACCAUAGAGUCCAGCAGAAGAACAUUGCCGUGUACUGGGGACAAAACUCACUUGAAAACAGCGGUCCCAAUGCCCAACAGAACCUGACGCACUACUGCGAAAGUGAGUCCGUUGCCCGCGUGUCAAAGCUCGAGCCACCAAGUGCUGAUGUAUGCUGCUUUUCGUGGCACGUAGAUGCUGGUAUCGGUAUUAUUCCACUUGCUUUCAUGAACGGCAUCUCUCCUCCCGCUUCCAACUUCACCAACGCCGGGGACUAA